AUGCGGGAUGCGCCGGAGUAUGAGGAGCGGAAGAAGCGCACCCAGUUCGUCCCGCCCACGAUCUCCAUCAAGGACGUCCACGCCGCCGUCCCACGCCAUCUAUUCGAGAAGAGCACCGCAAAGAGCCUGUUCUACGUCGGCAGGCACGUCGGACUGAGUGUGCUCUUCUACGUCUUCGCGACGCGGAUCGAUCAGCUCUCCUUCAACGUCAGCGCAGUUCUGGGCCAGGGCGAAGCGGCUAGGGCGGCAGCGUCUUGGGCGCUCUGGGCAGUCUAUUGGUUCUGGCAGAGCGUGGCGUUUGCCGGAAUGUGGACACUCGGCCAUGAGUGCGGACACGACGCGCUUUCCCCGCAUGCGUGGGUGAACAUGGUGCUCGGUAUGGGUCUCCACACGUUCGUGCUGACUCCGUACUUUGCGUGGCGCAUCACGCACCGUUCUCACCAUAAAGGGGCGAAUAACCUCGCGCGGGACGAAACAUAUCACCCCUUCACGAGGACCGACCUAAAACUUCCCGACGCGGAGAUCGCUACACCAAUGGACUACAAAGAGCUCAUCGAGGAAACACCUCUGUUCACGCUAUUCAAGAUGGUCAUUCGUCAGUUCCUAGGGUUCCAGCUGUACCUAAUCCACAACCGCAAGGGUAACCCAAAAUACCCCCCCGGGACGAGCCACUACAAGCCGUCCUCGAAGCUCUUCAAACCACAAGACCGGAUUUCGAUCAUCAUCUCGGACGUGGCGAUCGCCUGCAUGUUGUCCUUCCUCGCCAUCUGGUCGUACCGCACGGGGUUCUCAAAUGUCUGGCGUCUCUACUUCGUGCCUUGGCUGUGGGCGCAUAACUGGAUCGUCAUGUUCACGUAUCUGCAGCACAGCGAUCCCACUGUGCCGUACUACCGCGAGAAGUCGUGGACCUUUGCCCGAGGAGCACUCGCGACUGUCGACCGCCCCGUCUUCGGCUGGGUCGGGCGGUUCUUCUGGCAUGGGAUCGCACACGACCACGUCGCACAUCAUUUCUUCGUUACCGUCCCUUUCUACAACCUCCCAGCGGUCACCGAGGCGAUCAAGCCGGUCCUCGGCGAGUACUACUGCUACGACUCCACUCCGACGCUAUACGCGCUGUGGCGCUCGUUCACGCAGUGCACGUUCAUCGAGCCCGACGGCGAUGUCGUGUUUUUCAAGAAUCAGCGCGGCGAGGCUGUGCGCGAGUACCGUGGCGACGAUGCCCCCACUUCGUCUGCCGCAGGGGGUUCCGCGGCCCCUACGGCGAAGGAGGUGUCGUCGGAAGGAGACGAGGCGGAGGAGGUCGCGCUGAAACUGGCUGGGCUGUGA